AUGGAGGAGAUGAAGUACCUGGAGCUCUACCUGGACCGGUGCGCCCACCAGGAUGAUCUCGCCCCAGCCCCACCUGGGUCACCCCUGCUCAGCCUAGUUGGGCUUGAUAAUGUGCACAAACCUAAUUCAUCCAAUCCAGAGACUGUGUUUAAUUCACAUCUUGAAGAAGUCAAAGAGACAUCUGGCAGUUUCUCAUCUGUGGAAGUCUGUAGCUUCCUACCAGAUGAACUUACCCAAGAAAAUAAAGACCAGGCUGUCAUUAGAAGCAAGCGUGAAAUUGAAGAAAAUUGUAAAAUUCAAAAUCAGCCAAGUAGAUUGCGGUUACCCAGCAAACAGGAUAUUGGCCUGGGCUUAUUAAACAGCAGCAGUUUGUCAAAUUGCUGUUCACAUCUGCGCCCUACCAAUGGUGACUCAGUCCCGCCCUCUCCUGAGAAACCAAGCUCUUUGCCUCUGGCAUCCAUAACUCCCAUGACACCAAUGACCCCUGUUUCCGAAUGUUCUGGAAUUGUGCCUCAACUACAGAAUAUAGUUUCCACUGUAAAUCUGGCCUGUAAAUUGGAUCUGAAGAAAAUAGCUUUGCAUGCAAAAAAUGCAGAAUAUAACCCAAAGAGGUUUGCUGCUGUCAUAAUGAGGAUCCGAGAGCCCAGGACAACAGCCCUCAUAUUUAGCUCUGGGAAGAUGGUCUGCACAGGAGCCAAGAGUGAAGACCAGUCUCGACUUGCAGCCAGAAAGUAUGCUCGUGUGGUGCAGAAGCUCGGGUUCCCUGCCAGAUUCCUUGAUUUUAAAAUUCAGAACAUGGUUGGAAGCUGUGAUGUGAGAUUUCCAAUCAGGCUGGAAGGUUUGGUGCUAACUCAUCAGCAGUUCAGUAGUUAUGAACCUGAACUGUUUCCUGGCCUUAUUUAUAGAAUGGUAAAACCACGAAUUGUAUUGCUUAUCUUUGUAUCUGGAAAAGUUGUGUUGACAGGUGCCAAAGAACGUUCUGAGAUCUAUGAAGCAUUUGAAAACAUCUAUCCUAUUCUAAAGGGUUUUAAAAAAGCCUGAGUGUAUUUGUAUCAUUCAACAUCUCACAGUAUAUUGGUUUGAAUAUGUGCAUAAGCCCAGCAUAGAAACAGCUGGACCGUAGAUGUUCCAUGUACAUUUUAACUGUACUUAUUAAAGAGUGAUUCUAUGUGAGUAUGUCUAAGAAGUG